AUGCUACUCAACAACUUACUACAUCUUGGUCUCAUUAACAUAGAAGAAUUUUUGAAACGUUGUUCGUAUUCCGUGGCAUCAUACAAAGAACGAUUAACAAAUUUUUCACUUAACAUAACAUAUGACAAUGAAAAUGAAGAAGACUAUGGAAUUCAAGAACAAGAAGAUAACAAUCAAGAACCAGAAGAUGUAUUAAUUGAGAGCGAUAAUGAAAGCUACAAUAGACCAGUAAGUGACGAUGAAACCGAUGAAUUAGGGACAAUAGAUGAUGGUGACCAUGAAUUUGACAAUAUCCUGAACGUUAAUGAACCAAAUGAUCUUGGAAUUGAAGACAAUUUUCAGGCAGAAAAUGUAGAUGAUGGCCCUCUGUUGGAAAAUAUAGAUGAUCAAAUGGUGAACAUUCAACAAAAUGAAAGUGGAAACCAACAGGACAAUGAUUGUAAGUUAAUUUGUUAA